CAUUGUGUUUAGUGACAGGUUUAGUAAACAUUUGAUAUGACAUUUUUAGUAAAAUAACACAUUUUCUGGAAGUAAGUUAUACAAAAUUUCUGUUUUUAAAGAAAAAAAAAUUGGUAUGGCGAAGAGUAAUUGUAAUGACUGCACAUGUCGAUUGGCCAAAGAGGUGUGCCAACUAAAGGCUGUUGUUAAUGCCCAGAGCAAGACCCUCACAAAGUUGGUACGGCAAAUAAGGGAUGGCUGCCGAAAGGACGAGGAACCCAAGGAAUCCACCCUAUGCGGUCUAAAUCCGUGCUUGAAGUGCCUGAAUCCCGACAUUCUUUAUCACCUGGGACUUGACACGGAGACAACCGACUUUCCCAAAGUGUUUGGAGAUGUGCGCUUCGUUUGCAUGGGAGGAACACCGGGGCGUAUGGAGAAUUUCGCGUACUACGUGAUGCAGGAAAUCGGACUGAAGAUUAAUGCGGCCACCCAAUUACGUGACAUUGCUGAGGCGGGCAAGCGAUUCUCCCUGUUCAAGGUGGGUCCCGUGCUCUGUGCCAGCCACGGGAUGGGUUGUCCUUCGAUCUCCAUACUGCUGCACGAGCUCAUCAAGAUGAUGCACCACGCCAAGUGCCAGGACCCCGUCUUCAUCCGGCUGGGAACCUGCGGUGGCAUUGGCGUAGAUCCCGGAACCGUGGUCAUCUCCUCCGAGGCGGUGGACGGCCGUCUGAAUGCCGGUCACGAGAUUAUUGUGCAGGGCAAUAGUAUCCUACACUCAAGCCAAUUGGACGAGGGUCUGGCUGAAGAUAUUAAGAUGUGCCACGAUCCGUGCAAGGACAAAUAUGAAACCAUCAUAGGCCGGACCUUGUGUGCCCAUGACUUCUACGAGGGUCAGUCUCGAUUGGAUGGUGCCUUUUGCGAAUAUACACCCGAAAUGAAGAAGGCCUAUCUGGAGCAGCUUCAGAGUCAGGAUAUAAAGAACAUCGAGAUGGAGAGCCUGGCCUUCGCCGCCCUCACCAGUCGGGCAAAUAUCAAGGGAGCAGUGGUUUGCGUGGCCAUACUAAACCGUCUUAAUGGAGAUCAGAUCAAAACGCCUCAUGAGAUUUUGGCCAAGUGGGAGAAGAGACCAAUGGAGUUGGUUACCCGUUACAUCCGCAAGGUUCUUUACUUUAACGCAAGCGAUAGCGAAUCGGAUCAACUAGAGGAGGAUGAGUGCGGCGAAGGGCCUCAAGACAAGGAAGGGUCUCCACAAGGCGGAGCUGGGGACACCCAAAAGGCGCCUGAGGAAGCGGCUGAGUAACUAUCAUGCAUCUGAAGUGAAAUUACAAGUAUAUGUCGAUCUAUCAUUCAUGUGACUAUACCAACGAUUGCUAUCCAUUAAAAAAACAUUGGUAUUUAAAAGAA